AUGCCCGUCCCCUCGAAUCGACGCACCGACACUAUCAGCAUUGAUCCGCUGUGCCAAAAGGUCGAGACCAAAUCUUUCAAACUUAUUCCCACAUUUUUCCCACGGGAAACAAUCGGUCUACGAAUACAAGCAGCAACAAUCCAAUUCCCAAUCAAGGGAUAUACCAACCUCCCACCGCCAAUACCAGCUCCCACAAACACGAACUAUCCCUUGACAGACACGAGAGACUUGCAGUCGAUGCAGGUCCUCAACCAGCGGUGA